UUCACCGAACAACGUAACCCCAUUUAAGUACUCUCAUACAUGACUUAUGGGUCUCUCUCUCUCUCUCUAUAUAUAUAUAUAUAUAUAUACACACACACACACACACACCAUCAUUCCAUCUGCAGGUUUGAUGCUAAUACAAACCCAGGAUAAGGUGAAGUUGCAAGCAAACCCAUCAAGCGGUGUACUGAGCAGUGAGCACUUCUACUACUUCCCCAUCACUUAACCCCUCUCACACAUCAUAAUCGAUCAAACAUGCAGCCGGAUACAACGUCGAUGACCCAGCCGCACCUGCAACAGCAGCAGCAGGAACGACGUCCGCACGUCGCGGUGUUAGCUUUCCCCUUCUCUUCCCACGCUGCCUCCCUCCUCACCGUCAUCCGCCAUCUCGCCUCUGCAGCCCCGGCCUCCACUGCCGUCUUCUCCUUCUUCAGCACCCACAAGUCCAACCGCUCCCUCUUCCCCAUCCCCCCGCAGCCCACCACCAGUACAAUUACAACUACAACUACAACUACAACUACAACUACCACUACCACUACAACCUCGUCCUCAUCUUCCUCGGCCUUCAACAUGAUCAAGGCUUAUGACGUCACGGACGGGGUGCCUGAGGGCUAUGUGUUCCACGGGAAGCCCCAGGAGGACAUCGGCCUCUUCAUGAGGGCUGCCCCCGAGGGCUUCCGUAAGGCUAUGGAGGCUGCAGCCGUCGACUCCGGGAAGAGGAUAACCUGUGUGGUGGCCGACGCCUUUUUCUGGUUCGCUGAGGAGAUAGCUGCAGAGCUGCGGGUGCCCUGGGUUGCCUUCUGGACCAGUGGACCCUCCUCCCUCGCCGCCCAUCUCUACACUGACCUCCUCAGGAACAAACUCCAUAUCACCGACGGAAUAGCGGGGCUCGGAGACGAGAGGCUUAAUGACUUCAUCCCUGGUAUGUCAAAUAAGAUGCGACUCAAGGACCUCCCCGAAGGAGUCCUCUUCGGCAAUUUGGAAUCCCCUUUCUCCCACAUGCUGCUCCGCAUGGGCCGAUCAUUCCCACGAGCAACCGCCGUUGCUCUCAACUCUUUCGAGGAGCUGGACCUUUCCCUUACCCAACAUCUCAAGUCCCACCACAUCCCCACCUUGCUCAGCAUCGGGCCUUUGAACCUGCUGCACCUGCAGCUCCACGGGACUCAUAAUUUAGUAGCAGGAGCACCCAGAGGCUCCGAUGAGUACGGGUGCCUCCCGUGGCUCGACAAUCAGAAGCCGGCGCCUGCUUCCGUCGCCUACAUCAGCUUUGGGUCAGUGACAGUCCCUCCUAGGAGCGAGCUCGUGGCAAUAGCAGAAGCCCUGGAGGCCAGCGGGGUGCCCUUCAUAUGGUCCCUCAAGGAGGAGGUCUGGGACCACGGCCUACCGGACGGAUUCCUAGGAAGGACGAGGGAACAGGGGAUGCUGGUUCCCUGGGCCCCACAGGUGGACAUCUUGUCCCAUGGAGCAGUCGGGGCUUUCGUGACGCAUUGCGGGUGGAGCUCAUUGCUGGAGGGCAUAGCAGGAGGGGUGCCGAUGAUCUGCAGGCCCUUCUUUGGGGAUCAGAGGCUGAAUGGGAGGAUGAUCGGGGAUGUGCUGGGGAUCGGUCUGACGGUCGAGGGGGGAGCCAUAACCAAGGAGGGCCUGGUGAGAAGCCUGGGUAUGAUCCUGAAUGGGGACGAGGGAAAACGGAUGCGGGAGAUCGUCAGGCACCUCCGACUACAGGCUGGCAAGGCACUCAGUCCAACGGGCAGCUCCACUGGCAACUUCAACAAGCUGCUGCAGGUCAUUACAACAGGAGCCCCUCCUUGUUGACAUUUGAGACCAGGGACAAAAAAAAAAAAAAAAAGUAUACUUCCAUUCCGCCCCCAAAAACUACCGUCCCAAGUUAUCACCACCCCGUGCUGUGCCAUGGUAAUCUGACUGUUCUCUUCCGUACCGGAUAUAAACAUCAGUUGUUACAGUUUCCUCAUUCCCAUUAUUUAGGGAUGGCAAUGAAGACCCGAACCGCCCCGAGUCAUUUAGGGCGGGCCAGACCCGCCCCGUCCAAAGGAUAGGGCGGGCAUGGGUAUUCUGGUCAAUACCAAAGCAUGGGCCAGGUCUACCAUGGGCAUCAAUUGAGACCUGCUCUGGCCUGGCCCUCCCCUUGUAUAUUUAUUUUUUAUAGUAUCUAUUUAAUUACUUUUCUUUCCC